GCCAGUAGUGGGGUCGCGGGCGUGAGGGAACGGGGAGGUGGCGGCGGGUAGGUAGCGCCGUGUCCGGGCUCCGUCCUUAGAGUGUGUGACUGAGGCGGGGCGCGGAGCCCGGGUGCGAGCGGCGCGGAGAGGGGGAGCCGGGAUCCCCGGGAGCGGGACUCCUUCCCUGCCCGCCCGCAGCGGGAGGUCCCGGGCAGGGGCGGCCCCAGGUGUGGGAGCCGGGCGGCCUCCGCCGCCGGGGAGGCUCUGCGCCGCGCCGGUGUCCGUCCCCUCCGGCUCCGUGGGCGGCCGUGCCGGGUCCGGUGCCGUCCCCCUCAGCGCCGUCGGGGUCCGGCAGCAUGAACAUCCUGCUAGAGCUCUUCGUGGUGACUUUCCGAGUGCUGUGGGCGUUCGUGCUGGCCGCCGCCAAGUGGCUGGUGCGGCCCAAGGAGAAGAGCGUGGCCGGGCAGGUGUGCCUGAUCACCGGGGCGGGCAGCGGCCUGGGCCGCCUCUUCGCCCUGGAGUUUGCCCGGCGCCGGGCUCUGCUGGUGCUGUGGGACAUCAACACCCAGAGCAACGAGGAGACGGCGGGCAUGGUGCGACACAUCUACCGGGAAAUGGCUGAGGCUGCCGCCACCUCCAGAGUAGCUGGAGACGGAGAAAAAGAUGCCCUGCCCCACUGCGACUUGCAGGUUUACACAUACACCUGCGAUGUGGGCAAAAGAGAAAACGUCUAUUCCACAGCUGAGAGGGUCCGCAAGGAGGUGGGCGAGGUGUCUGUCCUGGUGAACAACGCUGGUGUGGUCUCUGGCCACCAUCUCCUGGAGUGUCCUGACGAGCUUAUUGAGAGGACUAUGAUGGUCAACUGUCAUGCGCACUUCUGGACUACUAAAGCAUUCCUUCCCAAGAUGCUGGAAAUGAAUCAUGGACACAUUGUGACAGUUGCAAGUUCCUUGGGAUUGUUCAGUACUGCUGGAGUGGAGGAUUAUUGCGCCAGCAAAUUUGGAGCUGUAGGUUUCCAUGAGUCUUUGAGCCAUGAAUUGAAGGCUGCUGAAAAGGAUGGAAUUAAAACAACUUUAGUCUGCCCUUAUCUUGUAGAUACAGGAAUGUUUAGAGGGUGCAGGAUCAGAAAAGAAAUUGAGCCUUUCCUUCCACCCUUGAAACCAGAAUACUGUGUGAAGCAGGCUAUGAGAGCUAUCCUUACAGACCAGCCAAUGAUCUGCACACCUCGCCUCAUGUAUAUGGUCACCUUCAUGAAAAGUAUUCUGCCCUUUGAAGCAGUCGUAUGCAUGUACCGAUUUUUGGGAGCAGACAAGUGCAUGUACCCUUUCAUCGCUCAAAGGAAACAGGCUACAAACAACAAUGAAGCAAAAAAUGGAAUUUAACACUGUUUUGGAUGGACUAACAUUUAUGGGUGAAUAUGAUAAUGUUACAUGACUGAAUUGCGAAGUGCACUUGCAUCUAACAGAUGCAAAUGUCAACAUCUUACUGUGGCAUUCUCUUGGGUCCUAAACCUGUGUAUUGAACUCUAAAAAUCAAUGGGGUUUUUUAUAUACUGUAAAUAAAACUGACUAGAGUACUUGGAAAAUGUGAUAGGUAAGCAAAGUGAAUUUACAAUGUAGCUGCCACCGUUGUCCUUUAGAAUAUCACUGUAUGUACAGUAAACUAGUCAUACUACUUGUUGUAGGGCUGCACUGUGUGGUCUCUCUUCUUCAGCCUGCAAAGGCUUAUGAGAGCUGUCUCCAGCUAGAAGAUGCAUCGGUUCAGAAAUUGAUUGUCUUUCCCUUUGUUAUUUGGGAAGGGGGAGGGAGGGAGGGAAAUCCUGAGGUGGAAGCUACUGCUCAUGACCUUGUAGCAAAUUCAAGGACAGUUUCUGAAAGCAUCUCUUCACUUGUUCACCCAAGCUCUCUAAAGGACACAUGGCCAAAUUAUGGUGUAAUUCUCUUUUGUAGCAACUGUGUGUGUUCUAUUUAAACAAAGAUAAAAAGAAAUUUGUAAAUCUCUGCCGAUUCAAAGGCAAGUGAAUGUCUCAAAUACUCUCAGAGCAAACUUGUACUGGGCAUCUGGUUUUCUAGGAAUUCAGUCAGUGACUUAAACUGACUUUUUUCAAGUCACUUGAUUUGAAAUACGCUCUCUUCUGUUCCCCUCUGUAUGUCAGAGUCCAAUCUGCCAUUACGGACUAUAUGUUUCUUUUCUUCCUCCUCAUUCUUACUUCCGACAGAGUUCUCCCACCCCCCUGAGGAAGCUGUUGUAUUAAAUUUCUGUAACUGGACUUGUGCCUAAAAGACAAAGCAACUCAGCUGAGAUACAAACUGUUUAUGUAAGUGCUGGUCAUAUGCCAAUUAUUAGCAAAGGAAAAAUAGGAUAAUGCCUAAUGCAACUCUACAUGCAGAAUAUGGAAGGGUGUAAAGAUUUUUUGUUUUUUGAGUUGUACUCACAUUGUAGAACAGCAAAUGACAUUUUUACAGUAUUUUUUGUAAAGCAAACAAUUUUGUGCCUUGAAUUUGGUAAUCUGUAUUAGUGAAGCAUUGUAAAAGUGAACUUCUACCUCUGUAUCUUAAUGUAUACCAUCCACUUGUAAACUACUAUCGGACAAAUUGUGAUUACUUUUUUAGAAUGUCUUGUUAAAUAGUGACCAAUGCCUGUGGUUAUUAAAGUGAGCCACCUUUUCCUUAAAA